AUGUCGUUCCUGGUCAAUCCUUUUUCUCGAUCGUCCCAAGCUGGAAACGCGUGGUUCUGCGCUGGUGCAGUGACGUUGUACCCAAAUCUUGAUGACUCUGCGCGCGUCGGUGAACAGCGCCCUUGCGGCGAAAAAAAGCAUGUUCCAGGAUGCCGAGUAUUCCACGUGCCCCGCGAUGACAGCUCCAAAGCAACUGAGGUAGCGAUCGAUGAUUGGAAAGACCCUGAAGUCGGUGGUGAUGCGAAAGAUCAAGUAAUGGUGUUUCGAUACAAGGGAAAGUUUUGCGCUAUCAACCACGAAUGCCCACACUCGUCAUAUCCACUCUCUAAUGGCACGCCCUUCGAUAUUGAAGACUUUGGCGUCGUGCUGAGCUCAGGUAUCCAAUGUCCCAAGCACGACUGGUCCUUCGAUCUGCAUACCGGCCGGUCAGAUCGCGGAAGCUACAGGCUCCAAGUUUGGGAAGUUCAGCAAAGAGCUGGCAGUGAGGGCGACGAGAUAUGGGUCAGAAGAAAGCAAAGAAUCGGAUAA